AUGCUAUCUUUUCAUUUUGAGACGUGGAAAAACCAACGCAUUCGAUUCUAUAAAAAUGAAGAAGCGAUCAACAAACAAAAGACCGGUCGCGAAGUUCAGUUUCAAAAGUGCGUCACGAAAUAUCAAAGAGGUAUCGCUAAAGUUACCAACGCGGAAAUUGAUAAGUGGGCUGAAGAAUCGGUAAACGUUGGUAAAGAAAAGGGAGAACUUUCAGUCCGCAGAUCGCCUCGACCAAUGAAACGCGUUAACUACGCUGAAGAGAAUUCAGACGAAGAGAGGAAGAUGAGGAGAGUAAAUAGUACUGCUCAUUCGCAAUCGACAGAAUCUCCACAACCUAGAACCCCACCGCAAGCUCCUCGGAAUUUAAUUCAACUCCGAAUAAGCGACCGCGAAAUAAACAGGAAAUUCAGCAAUAUCUCUGUUAUAUGUGCUUUUGAUAAAUCUGUUUCGGAGUUGGCCUUAGAAAUCGGCGAGGAGCUUGCCAUUGAGCUAUCCUCUAUUCGUGACAUCAAUCCUGCUGUGUGGUCGCAUGCUCUGGAAAAAUAUGUUGAUACUUCUCUUAAAGAAACUGGAAAAAAAUUUAAAACUGCAAUUCAGGUUGAAGUUCCGAAUGAACCAUUUCGGUUGUAUUGCGAAAAAGUUCUUCUUGAUUUUUAUAAUCUUGUUGAUGUAAAUUCUACAAUGGACCGAAAUAUAGGCGAACAGAAAUUUAUUACAUAUCAAAUCUCAUCGAUUUUAAAAUUUUAUGAGAGGACGUUUUUGAAUCUUAACUUCGAUUGGAUUGAAAGCCAUGCAUCUUUGGCAAAAAUGACAAAAUCCGCAACAAAUUCAGGUAUAGUUAAAGUAGACUCCAAGGCAACUCGGUAUUCAGACGGACAAGAAGUUUGGCAUAUGGAAGUGGCCGAUGGACCGUGCAAAACAACAGACUUACAUACUCUUGGUUCUAUGAAAAAAAUUAUGCGAAUGGAUGUUUUGAAUUUAAUUGGAAUUUUACGAAAUCACUUUGAUUGUGACAUAAAACUCGCCACUAAAAUCAAAGUGUUCUGUACUCAGGUGAUCGGUACACGAAUGACUCUCUAUGCAUUGAAUAUGCUCCCGGAUGGAAGAUUUCUUUCUUCGGAACUUGCUACAGCUUCAAUCCCUUUCAGCUUCCAUGGUCGAAAUCAAUAUAAAGCUCUUCUCAGAAUGAUGGCUAUUUUUCAUGAUGGGAUAACGAAACAAGAAGAAUUAAUGGGCGAGAUUGAACGAUCUGUACUUCGAUCUAAAGGAACAACAGUUCGUCAUGUAUUAAAGAUUCCCGAUGAAUUGUUUGAAUGA